CAUUAGAAACGUGGCAAGAGCCUAAGUAACUUUCCUUCGGUCUCCAUCUCCCAAUUGUGUUAACAAAAUGUGCGUCAUUAUUCGGGUUUUGAGAUUAAUCCGGUUAAUGAGCGUCAUUAUUCGGAGUUUUGAAAUUAAUUCAGGUACUGUAAACUAUGGAAUUUGGAUAUAAAUUUGUUACUUGGAAUUCGACUAUGCUAGCUUUAGCUUUCAAUAGCAAUGAGUAUUCCAGAAAAAUAUAAAAACUACAAACUUGAUAAAGAAGUAGAAGGUUCAAAAGAAUUUUUUCAGAACAACAUCCCAGAAUCUUGGACUUUCGAAAACUACCUUGAUAAAACCUUUGAUAAACUGUCAAAAAAUAAUAUAAAAAAUAUCAAAUACAUAUACAGCUGUUUUCAUAAUGACUUACAAUGGCUACUAAAGUUGAAUGAGGUCCCUGAUGAAGUGAAAAAUUACAUCGCGGCUACUUUGAAACCCCAGGAACACUAUACGAAAAAGGAACUGAAGUCGUUUAUACAAAGCAAAAAAGGGGCAACAGUGCACAAGCCGCUCAUCACAAAAAAUUACAUUAAUACCUUUAAUUCAGGUGUAAGUUAUAUCAAACUUUGGUUGACCAACAGACUAAAUAUUUAUAUGAACUUUCAUAACAGGGCACACAAAACAAUUUUUUUGGUGACAGCUUUAGCUCCAAAAGAAAGUAUGAACAAGUCUCAAACGAUAAUGAUAGCAUUAGUACUAACUCUAAGAUAGCCAAGAAGUAAAUAUAUGGCUGAUGUAUACGUAAUUUGCUUCGAUUGCUAACGCAUAAUAUUGAGACUGAGUGAGUCAGCGAGACCGAACAAUAGUUUUUGGAUAAUUUUUAUUUUGGU